GUUAAAUUACACCGGGGGCAAACCUGCGCGAGUCCCCCUCUGUACCCAGCCGGGGGGGACUUUCUGCGGGGCAGCCUCGGGCUCUGCCGCCACCAGCCCCUGAGCCGGAGCCUGCAGCCUGAUUCUGGAUUGUCCCAUCAUUCUGGGGGAUGGAGAAGGGAAAAGUCUGAAGUGGAGCUGGUGACCUUUGAAGAGGUGGCUGUGUAUUUCACUGAGAGAGUGAGCGAACUUCACCGGACCCCAGCUAGAGAGCCCGCUACAGGAUCAUUAUGCAGGAGAAUUAUGAGAUUUUAACCUCUCUGGCAGGUGAUGGGACGGUGAGUGAGAAAAAGAAGGAAGAUUCUGAGCAGGUGGGACCACAGGUAACAUUAUCAGGUAGAGCCACAGGGAAAGUUUUCCAGAAUACUGAGCAGGGAGAAGCCCAUCAGAGUCAGUGCAGGCCAGAGAGGCAGCUGGGAAACCAAGCAGGGGAGAUCCAGUGUGAAUCCACUCACAGGAGCAGAGGGUUCAAAGAAACCAAAGAGCCUGUACUACAGAGAAUCGCCUUUGGAGAGGAACUGAAUUUAUGCAGUGACUGUGGGAGAAGCUUCCUUUGGAAAUCAGCCCUUAUUACUCACCAGAGAAUGCACACAGGAGAGAAACCCUAUAAGUGUCUAGACUGUGAGAAAAGCUUCAACCGCAGCUCACACCUUAUUUCACAUCAGAGUACCCACACCGAGGAGAAACCAUAUAGAUGCUCUGAGUGUGGAAAAAACUUCAAUCAGCAGUCCAAUCUCCUUAUAUACCAGGGAAUCCACACAGGGGAACGGCCCUAUAAAUGCCCCAACUGUGGGAAAAGCUUCGGUUACAACUCAGUCCUUAUGACACAUCAGAAAAUGCACACUGGAGAGCAGCCCUAUAAGUGUCUUGACUGUGAGAAAAUAUUUAGCCAGAGCUCAGACCUCACUAAACAUACAGGGGAGAGACCCUACAAAUGCAAUGAGUGUGGGAAAAGCUUUAGUCUGAGCUCCCACCUUAUUUCACAUCAAAAAACCCAUAAGGGAGAGAAACCCUAUAUAUGCCCCAGCUGUGGGAAAAGCUUCAGUGACAGCUCAAACCUUAUUAUUCAUCAAAGGAUCCACACAGGAGAGAAGCCCUACAAAUGCCCUGAGUGCAGGAAAAGCUUCGGUCGUCUCUCACACCUUAAUAGACAUCAGACAAUCCACACAGGAGAGAGACCCUUUAAAUGCUUGGACUGUGGGAACAGCUUUCGUCUAAUCUCAUCCUUUACUAAACAUUGGAAACUCCACACAGGAGAGAAAUGUUAUAAAUGUACCGACUGUGGGAAAAGCUUCAUUCAGAGCUCACACCUUAUGCAACAUCAGAGAAUCCACACUGGCGAGAAACCCUACAAUUGCAUUGACUGUGGGAAAAUCUUCAGUGACAGUUCGCACCUUAUUAAACAUCAGAGAACCCACACAGGACAGAAACCAUAUAAAUGCCCCGAAUGCGGGAAAAGCUUCUGUGACAGCUCAACGCUCACUAAACACCAUAGAAUCCACACAGGAGAGAAGCCCUACAAAUGCCCCGACUGCAGGAAAAGCUUUGGUCGGAGCUCAGACCUCAGUAUCCACCAAAGAAUCCACAUGGAGGAGCGGCCCUAUAAAUGCUGUGACUGUGGAAAAAGCUUCACAGAUCGAUCAACCUUUAUUAAACAUCAGCGAAUCCACACAGGAGAGAAACCAUAUAAGUGCCCCAAGUGUGGGAAAAGCUUCAGUGACAACUCAGCCUUUAUUCGGCAUCAGAGAAUCCAUAUGUGAGAGAGCCUUGUGCCAAUGAGGGCUUGGCAAAAGGAAUAGAACCACUGCCAUUUGCCAUGGAUCUCAGACAGCCAGGCAAGGCUGGAGUGGCCCUCUCAUGAGGGCACACAACUGCUUUAUUAAAGCAGACAACGAAAUUAUUUCCUGGAAUGGAGCAG